AUGGACACCCCGCGGAGGCGCAGCCGGCGGCUGGGAGGCCUGAAGGCGGAGUCUCCCGGGAGCCCCACCGCGGUUCUGCGGGCGAGGCGAGCGCUUGCAGGAUUCGAGUCGAACCCAGAGGAACCGAGGGAGCCCGCGUCUCCGCGGCCUGUGCGGCCGCCCGGCCUGGAUUCCCCCGGACGCCAGCCGGAGACACGCCCGGGAUCGCCCAGGCUGGGGCAGGGGGUAGGCCCGGGGUCCCCCCAGGGUCAGCAAGAGCCAGGCCUGGGGUCCCCCCGGAGGGAGCCGGGUCCGGACCCGGGGUCCCCUCAGGGUCAGCAAGAGCCAGGCCUGGAGUCUCCCCGAAGACAGCCAGCGUCGAGUCCGGAGCGCCCCCGACGUGAGCCCCGGCCAGGAGAGGGGUCCCCGCAGGCCGGCCAGAGCCGCGGAGAGCCGAGCGCGAAGUUGGCCCCGAUUGCGGAGAAUCUGGCCCAGCCGCCGGGCCCAGGGUCACCCGAACCCCACCCCGGACAGCCAGCGCCGGGCCCGGAGCCCUCGCCGCCGCUGCAGGAGCCCGCACCGCCGCCACCCGGCUCCGCCCCGGGCCCGCACCUGCGGAGCCAGCCGCCUCCGGCCCGGGAGCCGGCGAGAGGUGGCCUUUGCCCAAAGAAACGAAAAGGGUCUCCACCACGGGCCCCGGCGCCCAAGAAGCUGGAGGAGGAGGUGGCGGUUCCGUUAAUCCCGAAGGGAAAGCCCAAGUCGGGGCGGGUAUGGAAGGACCGCGCCAAGAAGAGGUUCUCCCAGAUGGUGCAGGACAAGCCCCUGCGCACCUCCUGGCAGCGGAAGAUGAAGGAGCGGCAGGAGAGGAAGCUGGCCCGGGACUUCGCCAGGCACCUGGAGGAGGAAAAGGAGCGGCGCCGCCAGGAGAGGAAGCAGCGCCGCGCCGAGAACCUGAAACGCCGCCUGGAGAACGAGCGCAAGGCCGAGGUCGUCCAAGUGAUCCGAAACCCCGCCAAGCUGAAGCGGGCGAAGAAGAAGCAGCUGCGCUCCAUCCAGAAGCGGGACACGCUGGCCCUGCUGCAGCAGCUGCCCCGGCCGGCGGCCCAGGACUGA